GCCGCCAUGCAGGCUGCGCCGCGCCUCGCCUUCGGGGUCAUCGCUGACAUCCAGUUCGCCGACGCGGAGGACGGGUACGACUUCUACGGCUGCCGGCGGCGCUACUACCGGCACAGCCUGCGCUUGCUGCGGGAGGCGGUGUGGGAGUGGGCCGCCGAGAGCCCGCCCAUAAACUUCGUGCUGCAGCUGGGCGACAGCAUCGACGGGCAGAACGCCCGGCGCGGCGAGGCCGAGAGCGCCUUGCAGCAGGUGCUGGAGGUGCUGGGGCAGCUCUCGGUGCCCGUGCACCACGCGUGGGGCAACCACGAGCUCUACAACUUCAGCCGGGCGCGGCUGAUGCACACCGGGCUGUACAGCCGGCCCGCGGGGGGCUCGGACGGGCCCGCGGACAGGGAGUGCCACGCGUAUCACUGCAGCCUGGCCCCGCGGCUCCGCCUCGUCGUGCUCGACAGCUACGACACCAGCACCCUGGGCAGGGACCCCGGCAGCCCCCGCUACCAGGAGUCCCUGCGGGUGCUGCGGGAGAAGAACACCAACGAUGAUCUCAACAACCCCGAAGGGCUCAAAGAACCUAAUUUUGUAGCAUUUAAUGGAGGAUUUAGCCAAGCCCAGCUGGACUGGUUUGAUGAAGUCCUCAAGUUCUCUGAUGAAAACCAAGAAAAAGUUAUAGUUAUGGCUCACGUGCCCAUCCAUCCCUAUGCUUCCAAUGGGGUUUGCCUGGCCUGGAAUUACGAGGCUGCCCUGUCAGUGAUACACACACACAGGUGUGUGGUCUGCGUGCUCGCAGGGCACCUGCACGACGGCGCCUACUGCCGGGACCUGCACGGAGUUCAUCACCUCACCCUGGAGGGGCUCAUCGAGACCCCCCCCGACAGCAACGCCUUUGCAACUGUUCAUGUCUAUGAAGAUAAAAUGGUGCUGAAGGGAAGGGGCAGAAUUCCUGACAGAGUUAUGCACUUCUGAAACACCAGGCAAAGACACUGUUCUUCUGCAGGAAGGACUUGGAUAAAAAAUGGACAAAAAUGUCCAUUUUUGGAGAUUCAGCUGUUUGCUUUUAGAAAGCUGUGCAUGGCUGAUCCUUAUUGCUUUAGCUCAGGCGUUCUUCUCUUGGAUACAGAAUUUUAGAAACUGUGUUUCUGUAAGAGAGCACCUGACUUCUUUUUGGAGAAUAGAGAAGGACAGUUAUUUAAAUUAAUAUACUGGAAUGCAGAAUGUUGAAUUCCAACACCCAAUCCAGACUGGAUUGCUACUGUGAAAAGAUGUAAACCAUAUAACAAAUAUUGCUCAAAAAAAGCCCCUAAUGCUGUUCUCUAAGACUGGAUUGCUACUGUGAAAAGAUGCAAACCAUAUAACAAAUAUUGCUCAAAAAAAGCCCCUAAUGCUGUUCUCUAAGACUGGAUUGCUACUGUGAAAAGAUGCAAACCAUAUAAUAAAUAUUGCUCAAAAAAGCC